AACGUUGGAAGAAUUAUGAAAAAGGUGAUUCCAGGAAAUGGGAAAAUUUCAAAGGAUGCAAAGGAAACGGUUCAAGAAUGUGUAUCAGAAUUCAUUAGCUUUGUCACUGGAGAAGCCUCAGAUAAAUGCCAACGUGAAAAGAGGAAGACCAUCAAUGGAGAUGAUAUCAUUUGGGCCAUCACAACUCUCGGGUUUGAAGAUUAUGUAACCCCCUUAAAACAAUACCUUAACAAAUAUAGAGAGUUAGAAGGAGAAAAGCUUAAUGUUCCAAAACAGCAGCAGCAGCAGCAACAACACCAACGCCUACAAAACCAUGACCAAAAUCCAAUUAUGUCACCUUACCAUAGUGUAUAUUCUUCAACAAAUCUUCUCUCUCAGCCACCAUUUGUUCCAAGUGAUCAAACGUUUGCUUUGCCGUUUUCUCAAAGUUCAAUUCAGACUCAAUUACCACAGCAAGAACAUAUUGACUCCGUGGGACAUUGGUAA